AUGGAUGUGCUUCAAUAUGAGUUGUUGAAUUCGAUUAAAUUUAAUAAUAGUAAUAGUGCAGGAAUCUCUAUUUCAGUCACUACAUUACGUGGCAGUUCCAUUGAUAUUCAUCCGAAUGCCAAAUGGCAACGAAAUGGUCUCACUGUGGCCGGAGGAAAUGGACAAGGCAAUGGAAUCAAUCGACUCACUGACCCAUUGGGUUUGUAUGUUGAUGAUGAUCAAACAAUCUAUAUCGCUGAUCAAUCGAAUCAUCGUAUUGUGGAAUGGAAAUCAGGUGCGACGACUGGCCAAGUGGUUGCCGGUGGAAAUGGACAAGGAAGUGGGACUCAUCAGUUGUCUCACCCAUUUGAUGUGAUUGUCGACAAGGAGAGAGAUAGUCUCAUCAUCUGCGAUUAUUCGAAUAGAAGAGUGGUUCGAUGGCCUCGUCGAAAUGGGACAAGUGGAGAAACAAUCAUCUCCAACAUCGAUUGUGCGGGUUUGACAAUGGACGAGAAUGGAUCUCUCUAUGUCGUUGACUAUAGAAAAGAUGAAGUGAGACGAUAUCGAAGAGGAGAAUCUCAAGGAACAGUGAUUGGAGGUGGCAAUGGAAGUGGAAAUCGUCUCGAUCAACUCUCUUCCCCACGAUACGUAUUCGUCGAUCGAGAUCAUUCAGUGUAUGUGUCUGAUUAUGGAAAUGAUCGUGUGAUGAAAUGGAUGGAAGGUGCAAAACAAGACAUGGUCGUGGCUGGAGAAGGAAAUGGUCUUACACAAUUGUCAGAUCCUCGAGCAGUCGUUGUCGAUCCAUUGGGCACUGUCUAUGUGGCUGAUCAAUGGAAUCAUCGAAUCAUGCGUUGGCCCAAAGGAGCCACACAGGGAAGUGUCAUUGUUGGUGGGAACGGUGGAGGAGGACAAUUGAAACAAAUCAAUGUGCCCUUCGGUUUGUCAUUCGAUCGACACAGCAAUCUGUAUGUCGUCGAUUGGGGAAAUCAUCGAGUACAAAAAUUCAAUAUCGAUUCAAAUUCAUAA